UAGAUCCUUUUCAAUUCUUAAUUGUGCAAUUCUCUUUGUGCAUGCGGCUCCUGUACAUUUUCAAAAUUGAAAGGUUGUAGAAGUUUAAGGUAUUUGAGGGGUUAAAAUGGAUUUGAAUUCCAAAAAACUUCUUUGACCAUUAGAUUUUGAAAAUGUAUAGGUAUCGCGUGCGCAGAGAGAAUUGCACAACUAAGAAUUAGAAAGGAUCAAGAUCUCUAUUUGUCUACCUCGAUCGAUGGGUGGCCUAGGUAUUCUUCGUACCUUUGAUCAUAACUAGGCCUUGUUGUAAAGCUUAGCAUGUGGACUCUAUGUGAUGAUGCAUUAUGGACAAAGGUAUUGAAAAGCAAAAUUCUUUCUGAAUGGCAAUCUACUUCUUUGUAUUUUGAAGGAAUUGAUAGGUAAGAUCCUUGGAUUCCAAUGAGGGGUUACAAGCUAUCGUCUAGUAAUUAAGAGGACUCAUAUUAGCUAGGUAUCUUGUGCCCCACAAAAAAAAUGUUGGCAAUAUCCAUCCAAAAUAUGUAUGUUAAUAUAUGUAACAUGAGAAAUAAAAUACACAAGGAAUCAUGAGGACCACACUCAUAAUCACAAACAUGAAAACACAUGAGGAUCUAUCUUUAAGAAUAGGUGAGGAUGAGUCGUGCUGCCAGUCACUCUCCUUAAGACUGUAGAUAGCCCUUAUGAUGCAAAACUGGGUCUUCCAAAUCAACGUCUAUGAUAAAACAACGCCGACUGUCCAUCUUGUAGUUGUUGCAUUCUUUUACUUGGCUAUGAUAAGACACAUUUGAUCUGUGCUCAAUCAAUAAGAAUCCCUUCUAGGAACUCACACAAAGCCACUUGAAAACAAGUAAACUCAAUCAAAAGAGUAAUGAAGAGAGUAAGAAAGCAUUUAUAGAUUGAUCUCAACAACCAUUUUCAACCUCUAUAUAUAGAGGGAAAGCAUCCCUCGGAAGUUCAUAUGGAAUUGCAAAACAUUACCGAAGUUCAAAUCUUUCCUUUGGCGUGCAUGUUUGAAUGGGCUGGCUUCGAGUGAUGGGUUGUGAGUUUGUCAAGUUCAAAGUGAGCUGCUAUGUUCGCAAUAUGGAGCUAAAAAUGAAAUUAUUGACCAUAUACUUCGUCAUUGUCCACAUGCAAGAGUUGUUUGGUUUGGUUGCUCUCUCUCACUGAGUUUUGGCCUUUGUUCCUUCAUAUGUUGGUUUCUAUGGCUAUCCAGAAAUGAGUUUAUUUUUACGAGAGACAUUUAGCCCUGAAAUGUAUUUUUCAUAAGGCAGAAUCCUCUUACCAUGAGCCCAAUCGUCUCCCCUGUGUUGGUAAUCACGUUUCAACAACUCCAGUUUUUUCAUUUGAAUAAACUCUAAGAAGGCAGAUUGAAGUGGUGAUGUACAAAACUAGAUGCUCUAGGUGUGUCAUACUAAAAUUUUUCAACUCUCCUUACUCCUUAGGCCCUACCUAUAUUUCAAAAGAAAAAAAAAAUUAUUUACAUUAGAAGAUCAAUCCGAUCGAUAUCGAUACGAUACCAACACAAAUUGAGACUAUCGACAAAAAAGCCAUUUUUUUUAAUUUCCAUCCGAUUCCGAUCUUAUAUGGGCACUGAUAUUUUUAUUUUAUUUUUGGUAAAAUAUGGGCACUGAUACUGAUUCCUGUAAGCUUGCGUGGCUUCCAAUAUGUAUAUAUUUUUUUGAUAGAACGUAGCUCCCAAUAUUCAGCACAUACAAACGGGCGGGUCAUGGAUAUAAAACCAAUAACUAAGAGGGUUUUCCACGUUAAAAAUUGUCUCUGAUUGUGGUUUGGCUUGAUCGGUUUAUCUACAUUACUAAUUCUCUGCAUAUUGUUGUUGUUUUGUAUUUCUAUUGUUUGCACACAGGUGGUGGAAAACGGAUUUGAUUUUUUCCCAACAAGUGGUAUCAGAACUCCCUGUAGCUCACUGUUCGUUUCCCAGAACAAAAGAUAAAGUCAGAUUUGCCAAACACAUUUCUAUUCCUAUUUCAUUCCCAGAGAAUAAUAGAACAACAGAAAGUUCUCAUAGAGUGGAACCAAAAGGUAAGCGUAGCUACAUAGGUAGACACUCCACCCGUUGUCACCGCGCAGUCUCUCCCUUACCUUUCCCGUUCCACAUGCACCGAGUCACCACGACGAGCAGUCAUGACCAUUUCUAACAACAACCAUGACUUUCCUGAACCCCAACACCUUCGCUUCUCUGGUCGAAUCGGCGGUAUCAACUCAGUCUUCUCUCUUCGGCCGAGCUGCCCAUGCACAGAUCGUCAAGCUCCUCAGCAACCCUCUCCCUACAUUCCUCUACAACCACCUUGUCAACAUGUACUCCAAAUUCAACCUCUUCAACUCAGCCCAACUCAUCCUCUCACUCAACCCAGAACGCUCUGUAGUUACUUGGACUGCUCUCAUCUCUGGCUUAGUUCAAAAUGGUCAUUUCGUCUCUGCUCUCCACCAUUUCUCUAACAUGCGACGUGAGUCAAUCCAACCAAACGACUUCACCUUCCCCUGUGCCUUCAAGGCCUCUGGUUCUCUUCAGAUUCCUCUCACAGGUAAACAACUCCACGCCCUUGCUAUCAAGGUAGGUGAGAUCUUUGAUGUCUUUGUCGGAUGUAGCGCCUUUGAUAUGUAUUCUAAAACUGGCCUCAGAGACGAUGCACAGAAAAUGUUUGAUGAAAUGCCUGAAAGGAAUGCUGCAACGUGGAAUGCAUAUAUUUCGAAUUCUGUUCUUGAUGGUCGGCCCUAUGAUGCGGUUGGUGCUUAUGUUAAGUUUCGACGUGUGGGUGGCGAGCCUAAUUCGAUUACAUUCUGUGCAUUCCUCAAUGCUUGUUCUGAUGCAUCAAAUCUCCUGCUCGGGCGUCUGUUACAUGGGUUCGUGAUUCGUAUUGGUUUUGAGGGAGAUGUAUCAGUUUCUAAUGGCCUAAUUGAUUUUUAUGGGAAAUGCCAACAGUUUGAAUCCGCUGAAGUCGUUUUUAAUGGAAUCCUGCGACCCAAUGAUGUCUCGUGGAGCUCAAUUGUUGCUGCCUAUGUACAGAAUGAUGAAGAAGAAAAGGCUUCUGUGAUCUUUUCACAAGCCCGGAAAGAAGGUGUUGAGCCUACAGAUUUCAUGAUUUCAAGUGUUCUUAGCGCUUGUGCUGGGAUGGGUGGACUUGAAUUGGGGAGGUCUGUGCACGCACUUGCUGUGAAGGCCUGUGUUGAAGGAAACGUGUAUGUUGGGAGUGCACUGGUGGACAUGUACGGUAAGUGUGGAAGUAUAGAGGAUUCAGAGCAAACCUUUGAUGAGAUGCUUGAGAGGAAUAUAAUUACAUGGAAUGCAAUGAUUGGUGGGUAUACACAUCAAGGGUGUGCGGAAAUGGCUCUAGCAAUGUUCGAGGAGAUGACAAAAGAUGGCCAUGGGAUGCGGCCUAACUAUGUGACACUGGUUUGUGUAUUGUCAGCAUGUAGUCGGGCUGGUUGGUUGGAGCAGGGGAUGAGGAUUUUUGAGUCAAUGAGAUGCAGGUAUGGAAUAGAGCCAGGAGCUGAGCAUUAUGGUUGUGUUGUCGACUUGUUAGCACGAGCAGGUUUGGUGGAGCAUGCUUAUGAUUUUAUAAAGAAAAUGGCAAUUCGUCCAACAAUCUCGAUGUGGGGUGCUCUGUUGGGUGGUUGUAGAGUGUAUGGAAAGCCAGAAUUGGGGAAGAUCGCGGCUGAUAACUUAUUCGAACUCGAUCCACAUGACUCUGGCAACCAUGUCAUACUUUCAAACAUGUUUGCAGCGGCUGGCAGGUGGGAAGAAGCCACAGUAGUGAGGAAGGAGAUGAAGGAUGUUGGGAUCAAGAAAGGCCCAGGAUGCAGUUGGAUCACUGUGAAGAAUGCAGUCCAUGUCUUCCAAGCAAAGGAUUCCUCUCACGAGAGAAACAAUGAAAUUCAGGCAAUGUUGGCAAAACUGAGGAGAGAGAUGAAGGCAGCCGGUUACAUUCCUGACACCAACUUUGCUCUAUAUGAUUUGGAGGAGGAAGAGAAAGAGUCAGAAGUGUGGUACCACAGUGAAAAGCUUGCACUAGCAUUUGGACUCAUUUGCAUACCUCCUGGAGUCCCAAUAAGAAUCACCAAGAAUCUUAGAGUCUGUGGAGAUUGUCACAGUGCCAUUAAAUUCAUCUCAGGCAUUGUUGGAAGAGAGAUUAUUGUGAGGGACAAUAACCGAUUUCAUCGCUUCAGGGACAAUCAAUGUUCUUGCAGAGAUUAUUGGUAGUAAUAACAAAAUUUUGGCAGGUAGAUAGAAGUUGUUUUGCUUCCCAUGAAAUUUGUAUCCUUGAAAUUCUUUGUCGAAUACAAAUGUAUACACUAUCAUAGUGGAGUCUGGACAACGAAAGAACAGUAUCAAAAUCAGAGGAACAUAUAAUUUAAUUGAAAAUUUUUUGGGGGGCGAGUGAGCCUUAUAAUUUUGAUUAGCAA